ACUUAGCUUGGCUGGAGCCGCAGGACUGGUUGCAGAAGGAUUGAGAGAGUAGAGGAGUGAGUGGCAGUUAGUCGUGCGGGGCUGUCAUGAGCGCUUUCGCAUUGCUUUGGCUCUGAGCAAAGAUGGCACUCGCCCUGCGCAGGAGACGCUAAGUCGCAGAAGUUGAUGCAUUGUAUCCGCUGAUAAGUACUGGGAGUUUGGUUUCUUGCGGUAUAGUGUGAGGAUAAAGAUCCCCGUCUCAUUGGAGCGCCCUUGUACAUCACUUGCAGCCUGGCUGCCGCUCUAGCUUGUGCCUCGCUCGUUCCCAGAGGAUGAAGCCGAUCCCCGCCGCCCCUGAGCCCCUGGGGCAACACCAGGACAGCCCCCGCCGUAAGGACAAGGGAGAGGCGGAAUCGGAACGGCAGAGGACCCGGGAGCGCCUGGAGGCUACGUUGGCCGGACUCGCGGAGCUGGGGCAUCUGAGACACCGGCAGGAGGUGCUGAUAAAGAGCGUGCUGAGCCCCGGGACACGGACACACGGAGACGCUGCGGCACGGACGGGCGACAACCCGCGCAGCCUGGAGGAGAAGUUCCUGGAGGACAAUAUCUUGCUGCUAAAGAAACAGUUGAACUGCCUUAGAAAGCGAGAUGCUGGUUUGCUGAGCCAGCUGCAUGAGUUGGACAAGCAAAUAAACGAUCUUAGAAUUGACGUUGAAAAGACAGAAGAGCAUCUGGAGACAGACAGCCGACCCAGUUCAGGAUUUUAUGAGCUGAGUGAUGGGACUUCAGGAUCCCUCUCCAAUUCCUCCAACUCAGUGUUCAGCGAAUGUUUAUCCAGCUGCCACUCCAGCACCUGCUUUUGCAACCCCUUGGAAACAUCAUUAAACCUCACAGAUGGUCAAGCAAAGUCUGCAGACGACUUUCUUGAAUGGCUGGACUACAGAGAAAGUCAACAUGAAACUGGCACAGUUCGCCGCUCCUUUUCUGCACCACAUUCCAACUCUGUCGACAUUGGGGCAGAUGUGCACCCCAAAUAUCAGUGUGACCUGGUAUCUAAAAAUGGUAAUGAUAUCUAUCGUUACCCCAGCCCACUUCAUGCAGUAGCUGUGCAGAGUCCUAUGUUUCUGCUUUCUGUCAUGGGCAACAUAAAGGCAGAGGAACCAGAGGAGGGGAUUGACCACAAUGAUAACGAUGACUGUAUAGUGCCUGAACUAGACCACUUAAAAGACGAGGACUCUUUUCUCCAUCAGAGCAGCCUGUGUUCUUUACCACUUUCUUCCGCGAAAAAAAUGGAUGGUUACAUUUUAAGCAUCAUACAGAAAAAAGCACAUCCUGUAAGGACUAACAAACCAAGGACUAGUGUCAAUGCUGACCCAGGCAAAGGGAUUUUACGACAUGGGAGUAUGUGUGUCAAACAGACUGGUGGGGUUUCUCAAAGCAACGCAGUUAACCUGAAAAAUUCUAAACAAACAUGUUUACAUUCCACCGGAAUGAUCGCUGUGGAUAAUAGCACUUAUCCUUCUCUAAAACAGUGCUCAAAGGAGUCUCUAAGUGAACAGCUGGAAAGUAAAAGGAUGCCAUCCAUCUCCACAUAUCCUUCUUGUAAUGUCAAUGAACUUCAAAGCCAAAACAAUUCACGAAAUACUGUGAAGUCUGUGUGUCAGGGACUGGCAAGGGGCUCGGUAGCAAUGACCUCAAAUGUUCAAAAGGAAAAUGUUACACCCAAUGCACUGGCUAAUCUCUCUAAUACAUCAAGUUCUGUCUGUAAUGUAACUCCUGGAGAAAGCAUGCAGAACAGUCCACUUCUUCCACAAGAGAUUAAAGUUGUGCCACCAGUGAAAAGAGUUUCCCCCCAAAACACACUCCUUUCUUAUCAUGCAUCUUCGUCUUUUGAUGAAAGACCACCAUUGGACUUUAAGAGCGAGGGGUCAUCAUCUCAGAGUUUGGAUGAAGGGCUUCUGGUCAACGCUCAUUAUAUACCAGCCCAGCAACAGGGUGUUAAACUUCAUAAGCAUACCAAAUACGUGAAGAUCGUGAAAAGCUCCACUUUAAAACAUAGAGCGAAUGUUCAAUAUGUGGCAGAAAAUGGAUCCCAGACGCUGAAAGAAAAGAGCAAGGUUGUGGGAAAGAAGUGCAGGUUCCCAGAUGACUUGGAUACAAACAAAAAAGUGAAGAAAUCCACUCUGCGGGUUAAAAAAACUGCUCACCCUCAUUUCGAACCUGCAGUAGUUGGAAGAAAUCCGGUUGCAGUCAGAUCUGGAAGCAAAUCUCAUGGACACUCAAAAGAUGUGGUCUUGGCCAAACCUAAACAUAAGAGGGGCGAUUAUCGAAGAUGGAAGUCUUCAGCCGAGAUUUCUUAUGAAGAAGCAUUAAGGCGGGCACGUAGGCGAGCCCAGGGAGAAAUGGUGGGUGUUUAUGCCCAAGUGCCAUUUCCUUACUCCAGCCCAUAUGCUUAUAUCGCUAGUGACUCUGAAUACUCUGCAGAGUGUGAGUCUCUGUUUCACUCCACGGUGGUAGACACAAGUGAGGAUGAACAAAGCAAUUACACAACAAACUGCUUUGGGGACAGUGAAUCCAGUCUGAGUGAGGUUGAAUUUGUUGGUGAAAGCACAACGUCAAGUGAUACUGAUGAAAGUGGAGGACUCAUAUGGUCCCAGUUUGUACAAACGCUUCCCAUGCAGGCCACUGCGACUGCUGAACUACAAACCACCGCAAAAGCCUUUGUCAAAAUCAAGGCAUCGCACAACCUAAAGAAGAAAAUCCUUCGCUUCAGAUCUGGGUCUUUAAAGUUGAUGACAACGGUUUGAGCACCACCUAGUCAAUGUGUUCAGCUCAGACUCCAGUUUUAUUUGUAUAUAAUUUGUUACUUGUGCAAAUAUUUAAAGUCUAUGGUAAAUUAAAUUGACUCUAUGGAAUAUUCUGGUGGACUGUCAAUGCCGAUGACUGGUGUAAAUCUACGUAAUUUAUCCUUCUGCUUACAUUGUGCUCUUAAAGUGUCCACUGUUGAUGUACUCUGGCAAUCUGCAGAUGUCCAGUUAGAACCAUCCAGAAUAGACCACCCAAGACCAGGGCAAAUAGCAGUUCUAGUAUGCUUGGUAAACAUUCCAUUGGCUUUUCAUUUGGAAAAUGGAGUGAACUUUUUUUUUUUCAUUUUUUAUAAAGCAUGCCAGAACUGAAGUGGUUUAGAUCUAGUAGUGGUCCAUCCUGAGCUUUUCCAAACUGUGUCUUUUCCAAUUAGCGUAUUAAAUGCCAGUCUCUUUCUUCAAACAUAUGCAUGCUCUGUGCAUGAAUCUCAUUGGUUACCAUAUGCCUUUCACUAUUGGAGUUCAUGUAUACUUUAAUCACAUGUAUUUUAUAUAUUUUGUAAAUUAUAUAGCACAUUUUACAUGGAAAUAAAUUGUCUGCUUUAACGCUGUUUAAAUUUAUUAAAUUGAAACAAAAUGA